AUGGAGAGGGUCAACACAGAGAUUGUGACUCUCACAAGAUUCCUGACAGAAGAGCAAGCAAAACACAAGGAGGCAACAGGAGACUUCACAUUACUUUGCCAUGCCCUCCAAUUCUCCUUCAAGUCCAUAGCCUACUACAUCCGACGAGCCACCCUCAUCAACCUCACGGGUCUCGCAGGCUCAAGCAACAUCACCGGUGACGAUCAAAAGAAGCUCGAUGUCAUUGGGAACGACAUCUUCAUCGCCGCCAUGCGGUCGUCCGGAAAAUGUGCUGUCUUAGUUUCCGAAGAGGAAGAGAAUGCCAUUCUCUUUUCCGAGCACGAGGGCGCCCGUUAUGCAGUAGCGUGCGAUCCUAUUGAUGGUUCCUCCAACUUAGAUGCCGGUGUAUCGGUUGGCACGAUUUUCGGAAUUCACAAGCUGGCAGAGGGAUCAAAGGGCACAAAGGAGGAUUUGUUGAAGCCUGGAACCGAGCUGAUUGCUGCUGGUUUCACCAUGUAUGGUGCUUCGGCCCAGCUGGUUAUUACGAUGAAGGAGGGAACUGUCAAUGGCUUUACGAUGGAUACUUCUCUUGGAGAAUUCAUUCUUACCCACCCGGAUAUGAGAAUUCCAAAGAAGCGAGCUAUCUACUCGGUCAACGAGGGUAACUCGCAUUACUGGGCCGAUGAAACAAAGGCGUACUUCGAGUCCUUGAAGAAUCCCGAGCUGAACGGUGGCAAACCCUACAGCGCCAGAUAUAUCGGAAGUAUGGUUGCAGACGCCUACCGAACACUUCUGUACGGUGGUGUUUUCGCGUACCCAGCAGACAAGAAGAGUCCUAAGGGCAAGCUUCGAAUCCUGUACGAGUGUGCCCCAAUGGCCAUGGUGUUUGAGAAUGCCGGCGGUCAAGCGCUUAACAGCCGUAUGGAGCGAAUGAUGGAGGUUGUGCCUGAGAGCAUCCAUGACAAAUCCGGUAUUUUCAUGGGCAGCUACGACGAGAUCGAGAAGGUCAAGUCUUUCCACAAGUCUAAGUAG